UCAUAUGACGUCUGAUGAUUUCAGUACCAGAGAAAGCAAAUCCGAACAACAAUUACUCAUUUACACAUCUGAUUGCACUCAAACACAAUUUGGAUCCUCUACUCACAAAUACAUGCUCAUACAGAAAGGCUUCUGUUCUAACUGACCUGUCGAGCGGGGCAGUGGAGAGUGGCUCUCGUGGUAUGACUACUACAAACAAGGGCAACAAAGCACUGAAGGUGAAGCGAGAGCCAGGUGAAAAUGGCACAAGUCUUACAGAUGACGAGCUGGUGUCUAUGUCUGUGCGGGAGCUGAACCUGCACUUGCGAGGUCUGUCCAAAGAGGAAAUCCUGCAGUUGAAACAGCGGCGGCGUACGCUCAAAAACCGUGGCUAUGCUGCCAGCUGCCGCGUCAAACGUGUCACACAAAAGGAGCAGCUAGAGAAACAGAAAGUGGAGCUUCAGCAGGAGGUCGAGAAGCUUGCCUCGGAAAAUGCUAGCAUGAAGGUGGAGCUUGAUGUGCUGCGCACCAAAUACGAGGCUCUCCAGAGUUUUGCCAGAACUGUAGCCCGCAACCCUGUUGCUGCUGCCAGGGGCCCCAUCACAUCUGUCAUAGGGCCCCUCAUACCAGGCAAAGUGGCCGCCACCAGUGUCAUCACAAUUGUUAAGUCCAAAACAGAAGCACGGUCGUAAUGCACAAACAGGGAACAUUUGUAAGUAUAUUGGUCAGCGUAUUCAUCAGACACAGGGUUGAUGAAUGUUAUAUGACAUGGCAAAAUUCAGCAAGAUCUGCUCUGUGACUGUAAAAAUAUAAACAGACAACACUAAAGUCCCUCUGAUGUCAUUUACAACCCUUGUUGUUAACGAACAACAAUUUUAUCAGCAUAUCAUUAAUAUUACACACUUGAGGUUCACUCAAAAAUUAUUUGAAACAUUUGCCAUGCAGUCAACAUCUUGUUGCACUAAAGUUUUUAAGUUGUAAAGUCACAUUGUAACAUUUAUAAACAACCUGUGGUUAAAGACUUGAUGUUAUUUGU